AUGAAGACUGUUCUUAUGGUCGCCGAGAAGCCGGCGCUGUCCCAGUCGUUGGCAGCCAUCCUGUCCAACGGCAACAUGAAGCCGCGAAAAGGCAUAAGCAGCGCCUGCACUGUGUACGAGUACGUGGGCAAGUUCUACAACGAGCCGGCACGUUUCAAGAUGACAUCGGUGUGCGGUCACGUUAUGACCACCGACUUUCACAGCAAGUACAACAGCUGGGAUCGAGUGGACCCCGCUGAACUGUUCAACGCACCAACGGAAAAGAAGGAAGCCAACCCCAAACUGCAACUCCCGAGAUUUCUUGAAAAAGAAGCACAGGGCUGUGACUACUUGGUGCUGUGGCUAGACUGCGACAAGGAAGGGGAGAACAUCUGCUUCGAAGUCAUCAACAUUGUCAAACCAUUUCUGAGAAAGCCCACAUCGUACAACCAACAGUACAUCUUCCGAGCUCGGUUCAGUGCCAUCACCGAGAAGGACAUCAAGGCGGCCAUGAAUCAGUUGGUGGAGCCCAACGAGAAUGAAGCGAGGUCUGUGGACGCAAGACAGGAGCUCGACCUUCGCAUUGGAUGUGCAUUCACUCGUUUCCAGACUAAGUACUUUCAGGGAAAGUAUGGAAACUUGGACAGUGCGUGUGUGUCGUUUGGACCGUGCCAGACACCGACGCUGGGCUUUUGUGUCGACCGGCAUGACAAGAUACAGUCGUUCAAGCCCGAGCCUUACUGGUUCCUUAGUGUGCAGGUCAAACUGACCAACGAGCAAACCAUGACCCUGGACUGGGAGCGGGGCAGGAUAUUUGACCGUGAGGUGGCCAUGGUGUUUCUUUCGCAGACCACCAACAUCAAGGAGGCUACUAUAACAGAUGUCACCCAGAAAGAGAAGAGCAAGCCUCGGCCCGUGGCUCUCAACACUGUUGAGCUGAUGCGCAUUGCGAGCUCCGGUCUGGGCAUGGGUCCGCACCACGCCAUGCAGAUCGCGGAGCGUCUCUACACCCAGGGUUACAUCAGCUAUCCCCGAACGGAGACCACCCAGUAUCCUGAAAACUUCGAUCUCAGGGGCACACUGCACCAGCUCCAGAGGGUGCCAGACCUGAGCGCUGAUGUUCAAGACCUGCUCUCCAAGGGGAUUAACAAACCAAAGAAAGGCCAUGACGCGGGCGAUCACCCUCCGAUAACGCCAACCAGGGAAGCGUCACGAAGCGAACUGGACGGGGAUGCGUGGAAGCUGUACGACUACAUUGCGAGACACUUUGUAGCCACGGUGAGUGAGGACAUGAAGUACCUGCAAACCACAGCGUCGUUCACGGUUGGCGAGGAGCACUUCAGCCUGACGGGCAAGAGCGUCAUCAACCCCGGUUUCACCAAGUUCAUGUCGUGGCAGGCGGUUGCUCCCGAGGAGGCCCUGCCACAGCUGAAGGCCGGCACCGUGGUCCCCAUCGUACAGACUAAGUUGGCCGAACAGAAGACUAACCCGCCGGAUUACCUGACGGAAUCAGAACUCAUUUCGCUGAUGGACAAGCACGGAAUCGGAACGGAUGCGUCAAUUCCAGUUCACAUCAACAACAUCUGCCAGCGGAACUACGUCACCGUCGGCUCCGGCCGACGCCUCAUUCCCACCAAUCUGGGCAUCGUUCUUGUGCACGGAUACCAAAAGAUCGAUCAAGACCUGAUCCUGCCGACCAUGCGAGCGGCCGUCGAGCAGCAGCUCAACCUUAUUGCCGUGGGCAAGGCCGACUACGACGCCAUCCUGAGCCACACUCUGACCGUGUUCCAGCUCAAGUUCUGCUACUUUGUCACCAGCAUUAUGCAGAUGGACGAGCUCUUCGAAGUCACCUUCACCCCGCUCUCGGACAGCGGAAAGCCCUUGUCAAGAUGCGGGAAGUGCCGGCGAUACCUUAAGCUGGUGGCCAGUAAGCCAAGCCGGCUGCAUUGUGUGCAAUGCAAUGACACCCACAGCAUACCGCAGAACGGCAGCGUGCGAACGUACCGGGAGCUGAAGUGCCCGCUCGAUGACUUCGAGCUGCUGCAGUGGUACGGCGGCACAAAAGGAAAGAGCUUCAUCUUCUGCCCCUACUGCUACAACCACCCGCCAUUCCGAGACACUGGCCGCCAGAUUGGCUGCAACUCCUGCACGCACCCCACCUGCCCGCACUCCAUGAUGGCUAACGGCAUCUCAGUCUGUCCCGAAUGCACGUCUGGCGUGUUGGUGCUGGACCCUGCGUCGGCUCCCAAGUGGAAGAUAGGCUGCAACAGGUGCGACGUGAUCGUCCAGCUUUGCGAGGAUGCCCGGAAAGUGUGCGUGGAAGACGAGCCGUGUGAUGAAUGUGGCAGCCAGUUGGUCAGCGUGGAGUACAAGCUUGAGAAGACGAAGCUCCCGGGUGCACAGACUGAAGCGGUUGGUUGCAUCUUUUGUGACGUGACACUGUCCGGCCUCGUGGAGAGGCACCAAGCACUCAAGCCUAGGAACAACUACCGCCGGGCAGCAGGCGCCAAUGCCGGCGGCGGUAGGGGCCGGGGCCGUGGUCGGCGUCGGGGCAAGCCCAAGGACAAGAUGGCGCAGCUGGCAGCGUACUUCGUCUGAUCACUGUCUGCUCAAAGGAGGAGUGCUUGUUUUUUAGAUGAGAUCUGAUGUAGUUAUGCAUGGGCCUUUCCCAAUAAACUAGUUUUGUUGUACAUACAAA